AUAAGGAGUGCUUUGAUGCGUCACGUGACUGCGUAGCGUUAAAGAUGGCGGCUGUGAAGCUGAGUACUGAGCUAACAGGUGCGCAGGAUUGUAUUCUGGAGCCGCUGUGCUUUCCUGAGCAGCUGUCUGCUUGCAUUAACAUCUCCACAAAUGACUAUUGCCUGGUGCACUGUGUCCUGUGUUCACACACGGCUCCUCUCUCGGAUAAAGACCAGCUCCUGAAGCACCUCCUGCUGGAGCACAAGCUGGUCAUCGCUGACAUCAAACUCAUCGCUGACUUCCCAAAGUAUAUGCUUUACUGGAAGAAAAGGUUUACAGAGCAGCCCAUCACAGACUUUUGCAGCGUCAUCAAAACCAACUCUGAGGGACCUGUCGAGCUGCAGGAGUUCUACUUCCUACUGUGUGACGUUCUGCCAGAGGACCGCAUCCUUCGAGAGGAGCUCCAGCAGAAACGUUUGGAGGAGGUUCUCGAACAGCAGCAGAAGGAAAGAGACGAUACCAGUUUUCAGCGGAGCUGCAUGUUCUGUAAUGAAGAAUUUACUGGAAACAGAGCUGUGCUGCUCAAUCACAUGGCCAGAGAGCACUCGUUCAGCAUCGGCCUGCCCGACAACAUCGUCUACUGCACACAGUUCCUCGAUACGCUGGAGAAGAAACUGGACAAUAUGCAGUGUCUGUACUGUGAGAAAAUCUUUCGAGACAAGACGACCUUGAAAGAUCACAUGAGAAAGAAGCAACACAGACGCAUUAACGGCAGCAAUCACGACUACGAUCGAUUCUACGUCAUCAAUUACUUGGAGCUAGGGAAGACCUGGGAGGAAGUGCAGUCUGAGGAUGACCGGGAUCUUGUGGAGGACGAAGACGAUGACUGGUCCGACUGGCAGGCUCACCCAGUGUGUGCUGUGUGUCUGUUCUGUGAGCGACAGGAAGAAACCAUGGACAAGAUCUACACUCACAUGCAGGAAGCUCAUCAAUUUGACCUCCAUAAAUUAAAAACAGAUCUCAACUUGAAGUUUUACCAGCAAGUCAAACUUGUGAAUUACAUCCGCCGUGAGCUCCACCAGUGCCGCUGUCACGGCUGCCAGAUGAAGUUCGAUACCAAAAAGGAAGUGGUACAGCACCUAGAGGAAGUUGGCCAUGUGAUGCAGCUUCCAGAUAAGACAUACUGGGACCAACCACAGUAUUACUUCCCGACAUAUGAGAACGACGCUCUGCUCACGGCUCUCUCCGACAGCGAGAGCGAGUUCGAAGGAGCCGAACAGAGCUGCGACGUUCCCGUGUUUGCAGAGGACAUCUCCAACCUGAAGGCCUUAAAGCAGAGCAGCGUGCUGAACAAACUGCUCAAGAACGGAGGCAACUCUAAUUAAAAUCUUCUACAAUACACAAAGACUUUACUGUUCUUUUCUACUGGAAAUGUUCACUAUAAUAUAAUAAUAUACGGUGCCUCCAUCAUAAAAUACACAGCAGGAUCUGUUUCCUCUGAGCUAAAAUGUUAAGAAGAGAGCGAUAUUUAUGAAAUUAUCAGUUUUUUUAUCUAGCAUGGAUGCCUCAAGCACAGGAGCACUGAUGUGUGACAGAAAGUCAUGCUGGUACAGUUUCUCACACACACUCGACCGGUUCCAAAAGAAACACUCAUUUUUACAUCUUUGCGACUGAAAUGUCGCUCUGUUGUGACUUUCAUUUGUAUAAUGUGCACUGGAUCUCAGUAUUUAGGUGUUAUUUCUGAGUUAUUCCAUUUUGGUUCACAAUAACCUUAAUUUCACUAUUGUUGCAACUUGAAAUAUGUUUUGGAAAUUAUCAUAAUGAUUAUUAUUGUAUUUGGUGACUUUUGGGCAGAAAUAUUUACAUAAGACUUUUUAAAAAUUUACAUUCAGCCCUUUCGUUUGUUUUCAAGACCUAAAGAGAUGUAAUAACCAGAAGAACUUAUAUUUUAGUUCGUUUAUUGCAUUAUUUUGUUUUUUUUUUUUUUUUUUGUUUCAUGCCUUUUACAACAAGAUAAAUAUAUGUUCUACAAAACACAAAUAAAAACAUUAGCAUUUUCACAUAACACUAUCAGCAAUAUGUUCGACACAUAAUCUUUGGGUAAACCCUUUAAAGUCCUGGUUUAACAGCUGAAGGUGAGGUUAUGGUUUUGGAGAACUCAGGUAUAGGGAGAACAUGGAAGAAGCUCAGUAUUAAAACAAAAACUUUUUAGGACAUAUUUAAAUGCGAACGUUUCUCCUUAAGUGUAAACGCGUUGUUCUCAGAACGGAGCUCAAUAAACCACAUUUAGUGCUUCCACAA